AUGGCCGCGGGGAAGAGGACUCGAAGAACGUCAUUCAAGUGCAGAACCUGUAAAAAGGCUUUUAAUGCAAAGUCAGCUCUAACUGUGCACAUGAAAAUUCACAGUGAACAGAGGCCCUACAAGUGUAGCCAACGUAACAAGUGCUUUAAACAAGCAUCAGUUUUAUACCACCACCUCAGGGUACACAGUGAUGAGAGGCCCUACAAGUGUAGCCAAUGUAACAAGUGCUUUAAACAAGGAACUAGCUUAAACCGGCACCUCAGAGCACACAGCGAUGAGAGACCCUACAAGUGUAGCCAAUGUAACAAGUGCUUUAAACAAGGAACUAGCUUAAACUACCACCUCAGGGUACACAGUGAUGAGAGGCCUUACAAGUGUAGCCAAUGUAAUAAGGGCUUUAAACAAGUAACUGGCUCACUUGAAAGGCCAUCUGCGGAUACACAGUGGAGAAAAACCCUUCAAAUGUAAUCGGUGUAAAAAAUGUUUUACACGCUCAUCUCACCUGCAAGACCAUCUGCGGAUACACAGUGGAGAAAGACCCUUCAAGUGUACUCAGUGUGAAACAUGUUUCACCCGGAAACAGACAUUGUUUUAUCACAAAAGAAAAUUCCAUUCUGAUUCACCACACAAAUGUGAAUCAUGUGGUAAAGAUUUCACUGAUGACAAUGCUUUGAAGAGGCAUGAUUGCGAGGAACGAUCUGCUAGAGACAAAGAAAGAUUCACUUGCUGGAUGUGUGAUGAAUACUGCUACGAUCAUUGUGGAUAUCUUUAUCACAUUGAAACACAU